AUGACGUCCUCAAAAUCAUCAAAGUCCUCUUCCUUCAAGUCCUUCCAUUCCGACGACAACAGCGUCCUGGAUGACGUUAGUCACUUUGAAGAUAUCGGUCUCGACGACGAUGCAAACAACUACGAAGCCGCCCGCGUUCGCGAUCCUCACGCCGUAAAGAACCCUCACGGCCAGCCCUACUCGAGGUCCUACUCCAACGAGUUCCGCUCCACGCCAUGGAAGCGCCCUCCUUCUCGCUCCCCCCCGGUGACGCGGGACCUGGCCAAGCCCAGGAGUACGAAUGUUAACGCAGACCUCGCACCCAAUUCUCGAUCUCAUUCACGGCCUCCUUUUCUCUCCUUGAAGACCGAUGGCCACGCUCUCAACGGCCGUAGCCCCAGCGCUGGCCGCCUUCCCGACCGUCGUCGAAGCCCGGUGAACCCGGUGAACCCCCGAAGCUUCGCCAGCCAGUCGACGACUUCCCUUUCCUUCCCUCGCCGACGCAGUCCGAGCCCUAACUUCUCGUCACUCCCGAGAGACCCUAACAUGCCGAUCAAGCCCCGCCGGGGCAGCUGGCAGUCGCAACAAGACAACCGCAAAUCGGUAUUCGAUCUGGAAAAGGAGUGCGACGAGGACGAUACGGACGACAUCCCCGAUGGCCUCAUCCUCGACAACGUUCCCAUCUCUCCCCGUCCGCGAACGGAACGCACACCCAGCCGCCCGAGUUCGUCAGGGGCGUCGAGAUCGCCGAAUCGACCACAGCAAAAAGAGCGCGUUCGAAGUGUUGGAAACGGAACACCCCCUGUCCCUGUUGACUCAGGAUGUCUGCGAUCCCCCUCAUGGAAGUCAGACACAGCCCUCUCUUCAAUUGGAGAGGACGGUCACGCGCCGGAGCCGCUCAAGACCCGGGCGAGAAGCUGGAACCUCGCGUUGGCCGACCUCAGCGCCGAGGCCAAGGCCCUGACGGAGAAGCUCGAAGAGCACUCCGACUACGUACGCGAACGCGCCGCCGAAAACGCCAACCCGACGACUGGACGUCCAAACACCUGGGGCGGCAAGCCAUUGGAGCAGCACACGCAAAAGCCCAGGGUCAAAUCUGCGCUGCCCGAGCUCCCGCCGAUCCGGCACCAGACGAACAUCAUGAUCGACCCACUCCCAAUUUCCAAGGAGAAGGAGGCCGUCCUGAGUCGUACGCGCCCCUCAUGGCUUCCACCCAAGGACCCAGCGGAGGAGAAGCGCCACUUGCGCGAAUACAAGAGGAUGAUGGCCCGCAGUGCCGAGGCAGAUCGCCGUCGCGAGGUAUCGCGUCAGCAGAAGACCACCACACGUGACACCACUGCGGAUAGUCUGAUGCGCAUUUGGGAGGACGACAUCAUUCCCCGGUGGACCGACUCUAUUCGUGAGCGUCGCACCCGCGAGCUCUGGUGGCGAGGAAUUGCGCCGCGCAGCAGAGGUACCGUGUGGGCAAGAGCCAUUGGUAACGAACUCGGCCUGUCUGAGACGUCGUACAAGGCUGCUCUUGGACGGGCACAGGAGCUCGAGGAGCGCGUCAAUGGUGGUAGGGGUGAUUCUGAGGACAUCAGAAAGGCGGCGUGGAUCGCCAGCAUCCGCAAGGACGUGGCCGAGCACACCUGGCAGGAUCUCCGAAUCUUCCAGGUUGGCGGCCCGCUCCACCAGAGCCUCGUAGACGUGCUGUCUGCGUAUGCUUUGUACCGGAGCGACAUCGGCUACGUCAGAGGGUGUAACACCAUUGCUGCGCUGCUUCUGCUUAACCUGCCGUCGCCGGCUGUGGCCUUCAUCGCCCUCGCCAACGUCCUCAACCGUCCGGUACCCCUCAGCUUCUACGCCGACGACCCGGGCGCGAAGGCAUCUGCCUACAACCUUGUCAUGCAGACUCUCAGCGCCAAGUCCGCUCAGCUGCACGAGCAUUUGACCAAGGACAUCUCCCAGGGCGACGCGGAUUUUUACCUCGGUAACUUCUUCAUGGGUCUCGGAACGAACCACCUGGCCAUGGACGAGGCGGCCCGUCUUUGGGAUGUGUACAUUUUCGAAGGCGACGCGGUCCUCGUUCGGGCAGCGGUCGCAAUGCUCAUGCGCCACGAGAUGGCGCUGCUCGGCAUCAAGUCCCCCGGAGAAGCCAAGAAGUACAUCGAAGGGGGUGCUGCCAGCAAGGCUGUCGUUGGUGACGACGGCGCCGAAGACCGCUGGAUGAAACUUGUCCGGGAAGCGGGGAAGGCCUAG